AUGUCUGAUUUCCCACCUAAUUUAUCUAUAAGACCUUUAACUAUUGAGGAUCUUGAUCAAUGUGUUAGCUUAGAAAAUCGAGGUUUUCCAGAAUCUGAAAGAGGUUCGCCUGACAAAUUUAAAUAUAGAUUAACUUCAUGUCCCGAAUUAUGUUCAGGUUUGUUCAUUAGAGAAUAUAUCCCUAAGUAUAAUGCUAUCAAUUUACCUGAAGUUGCAAACCAAAAGGGAAAGGAAAUUGCUCCAGAAGAGACUGAAGAGGAAAAUCUCGACGAAUUACCAUACGAAUCGGCCGUGGUCAAGGAAACUUUAAUUGGACAUAUAAUUGCUACUAAGACAUAUUCUUCUAGCAUAACCAAGUCAUCUAUGGAAGUAUCGUCAGCUGAGGACCCAACAGCAGGCCAUUUUGAGCAUUCGAGAUUCAUUGGUAUCCACGCGUUGGUCAUAGAUCCAGAAUGGCAAGGCAAGAACUUAGGAACGCUAUUGAUGCAUGACUACAUCCAAAAAUUGUCUAACCAAGACUUGGGUGAUAAGGUUAUCAUCAUUGCCCAUAAGGAAUUGGUUCCAUUCUACGAGAAAAUAGGUUUCCACAAUUUGGGUGAAAGUGAAUGCAAAUUUGCUAAUACCAAAUGGUAUGACCUCGCUAUUGAUUUAGUUCCUGAACAGGAUGAUUAA